AUGGCGGCCACCUCCUGCGUGCUCGUGCUGGCGCUCGCCAUCGCGCCCUUGGCGGCUCUCGGCCAGCAAGCGGUUUUCGACGAAUUCGAGCGCCUGGAAAGAGUCGACCAGGCUUGCAUUGGCGGGCCCCCAGGGAGGCCCAAUGAGUUCGACAUUGUUCGAAGGGACUGCUGCAGCAUACCGAGGGCGAGGCUCGCUGGGGACAUUGAAGGCAUUGACCCCUGCCCUCUCAACGAAGCUGAUAUCAUUGGCGGGUCCUCUAGCUCGUCGGGCUACCGCAACAGCUUUGUGCGUGCGCGUGUGAAUGCCCAGAGCGGCUCUUCGUCAUUCAGUUUUCUGCCGGAUGAUCCGGACGACGGCAGCUUUCGAGUGUCGAACACCAGGAUCUUCGACGAUGAGAACGGGAAUAUAUGCUUCUGCCCCAUCGUCAUGUGCCCUGCCGAUCGUCCAUCUUACCCGCCGUCGGCCCCUCAUACCCCCUCGUUCACCGUUACUACGACACCCUCGACGAGCGGAAAGCAGGGGUCAGGUUGA